CUGUGCAGCCCUAUACAGCAGAAUCCAGCAUAACCUACGUAAGGUGCCUGAGCUCCCACCUGUCAGACCAGGACUGUGCAGCCCUAUACAGCAGAAUCCAGCAUAACCUACGUAAGGUGCCUGAGCUCCCAGCUGUCAGACCAGGACUGUGCAGCCCUAUACAGCAGGAUCCUGCAUAACCUACGUAAGGUGCCUGAGCUCCCAGCUGUCAGACCAGGCAGAGCAGCCAUAUACAGCAGGAUCCUGCAUAACCUACGUAAGGUGCCUGAGCUCCCACCUGUCAGACCAGGACUGUGCAGCCCUAUACAGCAGAAUCCAGCAUAGCCUACGUAAGGUGCCUGAGCUCCCAGCUGUCAGACCAGGACUGUGCAGCCCUAUACAGCAGAAUCCAGCAUAACCUACGUAAGGUGCCUGAGCUCCCAGCUGUCAGACCAGGACUGUGCAGCCCUAUACAGCAGAAUCCAGCAUAACCUACGUAAGGUGCCUGAGCUCCCAGCUGUCAGACCAGGCAGAGCAGCCAUAUACAGCAGAAUCCAGCAUAACCUACGUAAGGUGCCUGAGCUCCCAGCUGUCAGACCAGGCAGAGCAGCCAUAUACAGCAGGAUCCUGCAUAACCUACGUAAGGUGCCUGAGCUCCCAGCUGUCAGACCAGGGCCGAGGAGAGAUGUCUGGGUAUUUGUGGAUCUUCAUUACCUUGAUCUGUAUGUUUUUGAUGAGAUGGUACAUAUGCUGGGUGCCGCCUGACAGUAAGGGCAGGUACCCUGUGCCAGGACGUUGGUAUCGCCUGAAGAGGCUCCUGUACCUGGGGCUGAUGCACUGGUCUCCUAAGAAAGCGACCUCAUAUUGGGGACUGUGCAAAACACAAUCUCAGUGCAAAGGAAAAGAAUACGCUGGGCUGCGGUCUCCUCGGGACCUGGAGAAUGUGCAAGCACUGGCCGAUCAUCCACACGCUAUAGACUCCGUGUAUUUCACCGCAUUCACAGAGGAGGGCACAAGCUUUAUCAUUACUCGUAUUGCCAGGAGGCCGGGGAAUCAGUGUGAAGUGUGGCUCUUCAUGAGGCUGGACCGAGUUGGGGAUUUCCAACAUCCCGCGCACCCCACCACCAUCCUGCGUGCUGACUCCGACAUGUGCUGGAGCGGUGGGGGGCUCACCGUGGAAUGCAAGGAGCCGUAUGCUACAUGGGCGAUUUCAUUUAAUGGUUUAUUGAGAAAGGGACCGUUCCGACACCAUGACAGCGAAGACGAUGGAGAAACUGUUCACGUGAAAUUUACUCUGCUCUGGACGGCCAUCACCGAUGUGUUCGACUUUGAUUGGGACUUAAACCCCGGCAUAGUCGCAGAUGCCCUGGCCCUGGAGAAAAUGAGCUCGGAAUUCCUGAAAGUGAUAAAAAAAUCUAAUGAGGAACAUUGCCGUUAUGAGCAAUGGGGAAGUUAUGCAGCAGAGCUGACAAUUGACGGCCAUGAAGAGAUAGCGAUGUGUAUGAAAGGCAUACGCAGCCAUUCAUAUGGUAUCAGAGACUGGGCAAAAUUUCAUCGAUACGUUAUGUUCUUAAUGCAUUUUGAGAAUGGAACGUUUGUGCAUUUAAACAUUGUCAGCCUUCCGAACUCCACCAACCAUUUAAUUGUAGGUUAUGUGAUCCAGAAUGGCUACAAGGUUGGCAUAGAUUGGUCCAACGCUCACCUCUUCCAUAUAGCGGACGAUCGGAUCAUUAAUGACAAUUACCAGAUCAGUUUUACUGCAGGGGGUAAAUCGUAUGAGGUUUCAGCUACGCUGGAUUCUCGGAGCAGCCCGCUGGUGUACAAUGGUAAUCCGUCUGUUGGAGACACCCAUGAGUGUAUCGCUACCUUCACGCUGGGCCUAGAUUGCAGGGGAUGGGGUUUAGUGGAAUUUUACUACAGGAAUUAAAAUCUGCGCCAGGGGCUGUGGCUGAGACCACAAGACGCACUCCUCCAAGCUCUGCUUACCAAAGAAAUGCACUGGUGUCCGAUUUACUCAUGGAGGACAAAAUAUUUUAGGACUCACCAAGCCCUCAUGUACCCAUGGAGGUAGAGAACCCACCCGCUACAUACAUGAAGAAUCAUCAUGAUGCAAGAGGUCAAAAAGAUGUUGCAGUGUCCUAGAGGAGUUACAUGCUGGCAUUAUACUGUAGAUCCUGGCAAUGGAAAUCUGCCAACAUCAACAAGACCAGGAGCUAAAGACCCUCCUGCUCUGUAAUGGAUUGGAGAAAGGAAUAAAAGAAAUAGAAAUCAGAGCUUAUAGAAAUAGCACAGACCACCGAUUUCCAACCACUGAUACCCAGACCACCAAUAACCAACAUCAUAUUGCUAGUAAAUGGUAACGAUUGUGGUCACGUUACCCAAAUAUAUACACUACCUCUGGGUCUUGUUGAUGUUGGCAGAUCUCCUUCGUUUCUAUUGCCUUAUUCUGGUUUUCUUGCCCCUCACUAGAAGACUAUGGGGGUAAUUCAGAGCUGAUCGUAGAUGUGCUAAAUUUAGCACAUCUACGAUCAGAUUCUCAGACAUGCGGGGGGGACGCCCAGCACAGGGCUGGUCCGCCCCGCGUGUCAGGCCCUCCCCCUGCAAGGGUGCAAAAGCAUCGCACAGCAGCGAUACUUUUGCCAGCGCAGCUCCUGCACAGCCUAGCUGCGCUGGCAGGUGGCUACCUGUCAUGUCCCGGGUUGCAGCGGCUGCGUGUGAUGUCACGCAGCCACUCCGGCCCACCCCCGAAACAGUCUGGAUAUGCCUGCGUUGUCCAGACUGCGCCACGCCAAUGGCGUUCUAACGCCGUUGGCACGCCCGCAACCGCCCUAAGAUGCUGUUAGCAUCUGACUGGGCCUCCUGGGGUGCGCACUACACAAAGGGGUUCAAACUGUGAUCGCUGCCGCUGCAGCAAUCCAGUCUGAAUUGCCCCCUAUGUCAUAACAACACAUAAGCCGUUUACAAACCCCCAAAUUACACACAAUCUGCUGUAUGUGCUAGUGUGGCAUUCCGGAACAAUGUGUGUGUGUACCCCUUUAAGAGCACUUUGCUGUAGCUCCGCAGCAGGAGGAGAAAUGCUGGUGCAGGAGGAGUUAACUGAGCCCUGGGUCUGUGGUAGGAGGCUGCUGGGAGAAGAGGAGAAUGCUGGGAAGAAGUAUGGAGAGCGUGGUGUGUGUGCUGACUGAAGGAGGAACGCGGAGCAGAGCGGGAGCUGUACGCUGGAGAGAGCCACAAGACGCUGGGUGGUAAGAGCAGCACAGCUUGAGAGAGCUGCGGAGUGUUGCCGGGGGCAGGUGUUGAGACACCGCAGCCGGAGGACCAGACACCGUCAGGUUAUGUUAAUUUUGGUGAUUUAAAUUGCUUCCCAUAUUGCUUCUAAUAAUUCUUCAUUGUGAUUCUAAUAACUUGUCUUUUGCAAAUUGGAUGAGUUUUUGUGGUGUAACUGUAAAAACAUUUGCACAAUCCUGCUUUUCUUAUAUGAAGGUCUUCUUCUUGUAAGUCUUCACCCAAGUAACUUUCCUAAAUUCAUCAUUCAUCCGAAAUCCUGAUUUCAUUGCAGAUUAACAAAAAGAUUUCCUGUGGGAAUUGCCGACUCACUUCUGAUUUGUAUCAAUCUCUCCUACCACUCUGAGCAAUGGGGAGACAAGGGACCUCAUUCAGCAAGGAUUACAGGGUUCUGAUAAAGAAGCUAGUCAUAAGAUAGACAGUCAAAAGGUCAACAGUCAAAAAGUUGACAGUCAAAUGGUCGAUAGUCAAAAAGAUCAGAGUCAAAAGGCCAACACACAAAUGUUUUCCAUGUGUCGACCUUUUGACCUUGUUGACCUUUUGACCCUGAUUUUGUUUCGGCUGUCGACCAUUUGACCCUGUCGACCUAAUGCAUGUCAACCAUUAGUAGUAGACUUAUUGACUGUAGACCUUUUUAGUGUAGAUCUAUAGCAGUUGCUGCGAUCAAAUAGUUGCCGCCCAGAAAUAGAGAAAAAAAUACCCAUUGCAGAAACUGCGAAUGCAUCACCAUGUGCGUUCUGAUUCCAAAACAAUACGCAAUUACCGGAACAUCGAAGAUUUUUCCCACUUGCGCUAGGCAAGCUCAUUCACAAUUUUGGAAGUGGUCAUCGCUGAUGUCAGAGGCCCUCCUUAAAAACGCCUGGGCACGCCUGCUUUUUUUCAGACAAUCCCAGAAAACGGCAAGUUUUUGCCCAGAAACGCCAGCUUCCUAUCAGUCAAACAGCGGCUGCAUUGCAAUUUACGAUCUGUGCGUAAUUUCUGUCGCUAUUUCCCCUCGUGUGUGUGCAAUGCAAGUGCUGGGCAAGCGCAGUCAUUUGAUAAUCGGCCGGAUUGCGAUUCUCAAAUUUUGCAAUCCAACCUGAAAAAGGCCCAGGAUACGGGAAACAACACGUAAAGGGGAAAGGCCAGUCACAUAGCCACCCAACACCUGUGAAACCUCUCUCAACCACAUAGACAUACCUUGCCAACCCCGGGGGUGUUACACUUAUAUAGAGUAGGUGACAGAUUAACUGUAUUCUACAGUG